AUGAGCGACUACGAUAAAUACUCUCGCCCAAACUAUCCUCCUCCUUCACAGAACAAUCAGCCAAAUUAUGGUAACGAUGUUUAUCAAGUUCCAGCAGAUUUAGAAACAGCACAAUUCGGAAAACUUCCAGAUCCAUCUCAGAAUUUUGAUCAAAGUUUUAAAAUAGAAAAACCUAGAUAUAAUGAUUGGCCGUUCACUAUUAUUUUCUUAUUGGUGGUUGCUGGUUUUGUUGCUGUGGCAGGUAUUACCUUGAACGCUUUAAGACAAACAUUCUCAUUCCAAGGUGGUUCAAUUUAUGAUUCAAGUAACUCGUUCACAGUCAAUACUAAUACUAUUAUUUUAUUUUCAUUCGUCAUAGUGGUUGCUAUUGUUCUAUCAGCUGCCUUGAUAAUUUAUGCCAGGUUAGCUCCAAAGACAUUUAUUGUUACAGGAUUGAUUUUUAAUAUUAUUCUUGGAUUGGGUACUAGUAUUUUCUACUUUGUGGAACAUUAUUACUCGGCUGCUAUAGUGUUCUUGGUUUUUACCUUGUUAACUGCUUGGUGUUACUGGUCUGCCAGAAGAAGGAUUCCUCUUAGUGCAACUAUCCUAACAAUAGCAAUUGAUGUAAUGAAAGCUUAUCCUUCAACAUUAGUCGUUUCCUUCGUUGGUAUGAUCAUUAGUGCUGCCUUUAGUGUGCUUUUUAGUGUUGUUCUUGUUGCAACUUAUGUCAAAUUUGAACCAAAUAACAAUAAUGAAGCUUGCAGCGCUGGAGGUGGUAGUUGUUUCCAAGCAAAAGUUAUUGGUGUAUUAGUAUUUGUUAUGUUUGCAGGUUACUAUAUUUCUGAAGUUUUCAGAAAUAUAAUUCAUGUCACAAUUUCAGGUGUUUAUGGUACAUGGUAUUAUUUGGCAAAUUCUGAUCAAGGUGCACCAAGAUUACCAGCGCUUGGUGCAUUGAGAAGAGCUUUGACUUACUGCUUUGGUUCUAUUAGUUUUGGAUCUUUAAUAGUGGCUUUGAUUCAAUUGGUAAGGCUGCUUUUGCAAAUUUUAAGGCAAAGUUUACUUAAUAAUGGUGAAGGUUGGGCUGCAUGUCUAGUAUUAAUUAUUGAUUUUUUGGUUUCGUUUGUUGAAAGCUUAGUUCGUUACUUCAAUCAUUAUGCCUACUGUUAUAUUGCCUUAUAUGGAAAGAGUUAUAUCAAAUCUGCUAAAGACACGUUUGAUCUAUUAAGAUAUAAAGGAAUGGAUGUAUUAGUUAAUGAUUGUUUUAUCAAUACUUCCUUGAAUCUUUAUGCUUUGUUUGUGGGUUAUCUUACAGCUUUACUUGCUUAUUUAUACUUACGAUUUACUAGCCCAGCAUAUAAUUCAGAUGGUAAUUAUUAUGCCCCAGUUAUUGCUUUUGCAUUUUUAAUUGCAGGACAAAUCACUCGUGUUAGUUUAACAGUAAUUGAAUCAGGUACUUCUAGUUUCUUUGUUGCGUUAGCAAAAGAUCCUGAGAUUUUCCAAAUGACCAAUAGAGAUAAGUUCGAUGCUAUCUUUAGAGAUUAUCCUCAAGUCUUACAAAAGUUAACUUCAAACCAUUAG